AUGUCGCUCGCCCUGGACGCUGCGGAGCUCGCCAAGCUGCCCCCGCCGGAGGUCGACUCGGUCGAGAGCUCGCCCGUCGAGAGCUGCGACGAAGAGUACGAGCGCUCCGCGGUCGCCGCGCUGAUCGUGCUCAGCAGCCUCGCCGAGCAGCACGCGACCGCGCAGGGGGUGGUGCCGUGCCGCCGCACGCCGUCGACGGAGUGGGAGUCGGCAGGCUCGCAGUCUGACUCGCCGCGCGUCGUUCGGCGCAAGCUGGGGGACGGUGCGGCCGCCUCUGCCCUCUGCAGCCGCGGCGAUGCGCAGACGCUCAAACACUCAAACCGCAUCCAGCCGAGCCCUGCGCUGGCCGCCGAGGCGGUCGCCGCCUACUCAUCCACCGACGACGGCGUCGCCGCGCUCGUCGCCGCUGCGGAUGCUCUCCUCCCCGGGCUGGUCUCGCUGCUGGGCCGUGCCGAGGCAGAGGCCGCGGGCCACGCCGCCGCCGCCCUCGUCAACAUCUGCUCGUCGGCCGACGGCUCAGCGGCCGCGGUCGGCGCAGGCGUAUUCGAGGCGGCGGUCGCGCAGCUCGACUCGGGCUCGGCGGAGGUCCGCGAGCGGUGCACGAUGCUCCUCGCAAACCUGACGAACCCGAGCCUCGUCGACGCCACCCACCUGCUGCGCGGCGGCAGCCUCGACUCGCUCCUCGCCGCGAUCUUCACCGCGAGCGCCACCGAGCGGCCCUCGGAGGGAAGAGUCUCCGAGGCGGCCGCACACCACUGCUGCCCGCGCCGCGCCCGUGCCACGCGCAUAAAAAGAAUUCCCCUCGGGAGCCUCGUCGCACAGGCGCCGGCGACGCUGGAGCACCUCGUGUCCGCCCUCUGCCACGUCGCCUCCACCGACUCAGGACGAGGCGAGCUGUUAAUGAACGAGUACCUGAUGACUUGA